CUGGUGCUCCCUGCAUUCUGCCUAGACUCAACCCGACCUCAGCAUUUGGAUCGUCCACCGACUCCCUGGUGAGUGAGCUCCCAGCUCAGCUGGGCGGACAGCUCUUCCCCUAGGGGCCCAGGAUGAAAGGAGCACCCCAAAUCUCCUCUUUCCAUAUUGUGGCUGGGGCAGGGGGGGCAGUGUGUUGGGGAGCUAUUUGACGAGGCGAAGGGAAGGUAGGAUUCCAAGUAGCCCAGAUCCAAAACCGAGACCGCCAAGACCAUUGCUUCCUGGCAUGAAUUUUGUGUGGCCACCAGUAAUCACUUUUCUCCCAUGGGACUGAGAUUGCUGCAGCUGAGUUGGGGAGUCCCCAGACAGAGGACCCUGUGUGUGGGCCUGGUAAGCACCUGGCUCCCUGCCCACAGUUGUGAUUGGUGCAUCAGCAUUUGAUGCCAUAGAGGACUCCUCCUCGUCCCACAGAUGGCACCACACCUCUGUGAACACCCAAAACAUGUUUCUGUGAGCCACCCUGCCCGGGCAGGCCCACAGCUGUGGACAGAGCUGGAGUGGCCCCUGAGGUGAGGGCAUGGUAACCACAGUCCUUACCAGCUGGGGCCAACCUCCUAGGGAAGACAGUGCCUCUGAAUGGGCUCUGAUCUGACCCUCAGCACUGGCGCUCACGAGCUUGGCCGACUUAGCCAUAUUUCCUCGGUUUUCCCAUCUGUACAUUGGGGCUAAUACUAGCAGUUCACAGCCCCAAGGCACACCUCACAGGUUUUAAAACAGGACAACUGUAAUGCACAAGCCACGGAGCAGCAUGCUCCUAAUUGUCAGCCCAAUUCUUUUCCUUUCCUUCCUUUGUGCCUUAGCAUUCCUUUUAAAGCCACCCAAGGAGUCCCCAAACCCUCUGCAAGGAAGAAGGGCCAUUUCCCUCAAGUCAACACUGGUGGAAGGGGUCGAGAAGCCCAAGAACGCAGGAACACACCAGCUAGAGGUCCCUCCUCCCAAGCAGCAGUCCCCACCCCAUCCCACCCCACCCCCAGGAAGCUGUCUAGUCUCCCCGAAUUUUCCUGCCCAGGUCUCAAGAUUCUGCCCGGAGAAGACAGACUUGAAGGAUUAUGCCCUUCCCAAUGCCAGCUGGUGUCCGGACAUGCUGAGCCUGUACCAGGAAUUUCUGGAGAAGACCAAAGCCGAUGGCUGGAUCAAACUGCCCUCCUUCAAGUCCAACAGAGACCACAUCCAAGGGCUCAAGCUCCCAUCCGGGUUAGCAGUGACCUCGGACAAAAGUGAGUGGCGCAUCUUCACCAGGUGCAUCCAAGUGGAUGGACAAGGCUAUGAGUAUGUCAUCUUUUUCCACCCAUCCAAGAAGAAGUCCGUCUGUCUUUUCCAACCAGGUCCCUACCUGGAGGGGGCCCCAGGCUUUGCCCACGGAGGGUCCCUGGCAGCCAUGAUGGACGAGACAUUUUCUAAAACUGCCUACCUGGCUGGAGAGGGGCUGUUCACACUAAACCUGAGCAUCAGGUUCAAAAACCUGAUCCCUGUGGGCUCCCUGGCUGUACUGAACGUUGAUGUGGAAAAGAUUGAAGACCAGAAGCUUUACAUGUCCUGCGUCGCCCAGAGCAAAGACCAGCAGACCGUCUACGCCAAGUCCUCAGGCAUCUUCCUUCAGCUGCAGCUGGAAGAGGAGUCGUCCCAGUAACAGUCACUGACUGUGCAGCCUGCCUGGACCCGCCACAGAGCAGGGAGGGCUCCCCAGGGAAGUGGCUGGUGAGGAGAGGGCCAGGGCACUGUCCUCUGAGUAAAUAAAGUCACACAGCCCCAUUUUCAGCCCAAGACCCUUCUGUAGCUGGAAAUCAGAAUCCAUCCGGAGCCUCCCACACACCCACCUUCCCAGUCAGCACCAGCGGAAGAGAUUUACUGAGCACCUGCUGGGCACCAGGCACUGGCGAGGCACCGAGCACAUGGCAAUGAAAGCCGCUGGCCUUGAGAUGUGGACCUCAAAAGUUAAGUGAUGUUCACCAGGCAGGCAGGGGACAGAGGCUACUACAGGCAGAGGAACUGGGCAGAGCAAAGGCACAGAAGUAUGAAGAACAGUGACCUUGGAGAACAGCCAGGGGUCAUGGGGCAGAAGUUUAGGGUAAGAGAAGGGGCAGGGCCAGACCCUGGAGGGCUCCCUUAUCCCUGCUGUGGAGCUUGAACUUUGUUUUGAAAGCAACAGGGAGCCUUCACAGGGUUUGGACUGGGGGAUAACAUAAAGCUUUGUUUCUUUAAAAAGAUGACUCUGGGGCUGGCCAAGUGGUGCAUUG